AUGCGUUUGAGAACGGGAAAAGUCUAUCCACCGCCGGCGAACACAACUACCCAACCAUCUACCAUACAAGACAACAACAUUCUCUCCAACUAUAUAGCUUUAUCAGAAGAGUUGCUUUUGGAUGCAAUUGUGAAGGACUUCCCCAAGUUUCAUGGCAAUAAAACUGAAAAUGUUGAUGAAUGGAUACGAGCAGUUACUGUCAAAUUCAUUGCUUUAGACCUUGACGAUUCAAAGAAACGUAAAUGGGCCCCACAAUUCUUAACUGGUGAAGCUCUAAGAUGGUAUCUUACUCAGCAUACGACCAUCACAACCUGGGAUGAGUUUCAACACACAUUACGAACAAAUUAUCCACCACCGGCGGAACCUACACGUUCAAGUAUUUUUCAACAAAUAUUAUCUCGAAAACAACAGCCCGAUGAAAAAUUUAUACAUUAUUAUACUGAUAUAAAAAAAUUCUGUUACCAAUACGAUCCAGCCAUGUCAAAGGAACAACAAUUAGAUCAUCUACGCAAUGGUAUGAAAAUUACUCUAUUAGACAAAAUUAGUGGGCUCGAUAUCACAACAACGGAAAAACGAUAUGAGGCUGACCAACAACUUAUCGAGUCUCGUACAUCACAAACACCAAUAGACAUCAAUCCCAUAUUGUCGUCCACCACACAAAUGCAACCUCCCCCAUCAACCGCGCAAUUUCCUUCCUUUUAUCCUUCGUCACAGUACUAUCAUAAUUAUCGUCAACGGACACCACCUUACUCAGCAUAUCAAUUGUCCUCCUCACAGUCUUUCCACCGCCCAAGCAAUCGGUCUAACAUAUGCUAUCGCUGUGGACAACAUGGACAUUAUGCUCGUGGAUGUUUAAAACGAUGA